AAGGAAUGAAGCACCGACAGCGAAAAACCCCGUGUGCCACAGUCACUUCCGCUAGGUUACUGGGUAUGAGGUACAGGGCAGGGCUGGGCAGCACCAUCGGGAACAAACCGAACAAAGUCAAAGACGGAACCGUUAAACAAUCGAACAAUGUACGCGCGAACGUGCACACGUACAAAUCCUUGUGGCCUAUUUUAUCUGACGAUAUCUGUCUGUCGCAUUGUAGUUUGUUGUAGCGCCCAGUUUGUGUGAUGCUUUUCUCUUGAAUUUAGGUGGUGUCAAUGUGUGCGGUUUAGCCUGGCAAGUUGCCCCCGAGCACAUGCACCACCACAGGGCUCGAUCAGCAGGAAGAUACGCGUAGGGUAGGUCGUGGACGUGACGAAGACGUAAUAUGUAAACUGUAUGCAAUACCUCUGAAGAAAGGACAUUCCAAAUCUAAGCAUAGUUUAGUUUCAUUUGUCCAUUCUGCUACUGCUCCGGCCACAAAGUCUAUGGCUAUCACUAUGGCUACUACUAUUACUCUUACUACUAUUACUACUACUACCACUAGUACUAUACUAUUGCAAUUUCGUUUUUUAGUUCCUAUCGUGUACUCGUAUUGUGUCUCACCUUUAUGUUUUUUUUUAAGAAGAACUCAUUUAUAUAUAAGAAAGCUAUCCUUUACUAUCAGUUCGAACGAUUAUUCUGAUUUCAAUCAAAACUAUGUGUACAAUUUUCGCCACAAGUGCGUGUCACAUGCUGGUACAGGUUGGUCUCUAAGAUUGAACCAAAAAAGCAUUAUACAUACUCGAGAACCGAUUGUUUUGCUACCAAUUGCCUUAAUGUGGAGCCUGUGUCUACACUUCCACUUCCAACCCCUUUUUAUUCCCUAGUCCCUGUCGCACCGAAGUUAGCAUUGAAAGCUGAGCACUCCACAGCAACUCAUUGGUACCUGGCCUUUAGCGUCUGAUCGCAUCGCAGUAAAGGAAAAACUACACAAAAGAAAUAAAGCGGGAGUGGCGUCAUAUUUUGUAGAAGGAAGAAGUAGAGACCGCCUGACGCUCGGAACGACAAACGUUUUCGGACAAUUUUUUCGAUUCCGCUAGAACGCUAUCCCAUCGAAAGAGUGACGGAGGCUGCGAGCAUCAAUAAUGAAAUCAGAAAGGGGGAAGUAGUCCCGUUUCCGUUCGCACGCGGCUUGUAUGGCACUUUUUGCCUUCAGUUUUUGUACCGGCUACUGUCCGCAAAUUAACACGCAAUGAAUGAUUUAUUUUUGCAAAGUGAAAGUAAUAUUAGAAGAAAAGAAAAAGAUACAUUAAAACUCCAAUUAUAUACUAGGGAAAAACAUCUAAAAGCAGAAGCACACAGCACGGCUGCGUUGCUGCUCUGCUGUAAACUAAUAAUCGUUGUUGGCAUAUAUACUACUUCAAAAUUGUAACCGGAAUUCAAAUGCAAAAAACUUCAAAAUCAUCUAUUCCAAUGUCUGCAAAUGUACUCUGAAGGUUGGUGCUCAGUGCUUCAAUAGCAAUAGCAGCAAGCAAGAAAAACCUAAACAAAACGAAAGUAACGCAUAUACAGGAAUAGGAGACGAAACUCGCCGAAGGCAUGUAACCCCUGGUGAAGACUGGAAGCAGUUACUGCGUAGGCGAAUCAGAAGUCAGAAUGAAACCUCGUGUUGUAAAUCCACUAUCUAGCAUAGUUAAGAUACUUAAGCGCCGUCAGCCAGAUGUGGCCAACGCAUAAUGGAUAAGAAAACGAGGUGCAAGCGGGAGUGCGAGAUGGAUACGAGAUGUCGAAGAAAUAAAUUAAAGAAGCAAAUAUAAAA